UGUUACACUGCUCAGAAGAGAAAGAAUUGGAAAACACAGUCCUUCCUCCUGCUGCUGCUUUGGCUUUUGAAACCAUGUGGCUUUAUGAUUUUUUGCUGAGUUUCGACCUUAAGGGGUUGAUUCUGUUUCUGUUCAUUUUUAUUUUAAUGACAGAUUUCAUCAAACACAGGAAUCCACCAAAUUAUCCUCCAGGACCGCCUGGUCUUCCCAUUGUGGGGAAUUUCUUCAGUAUGGACAGCAAACAUCCACAAAAUUAUUUUACCAAGCUGGCUGAUGUCUACGGGAAUGUGUUCAGUGUCCGCCUCGGGGGGGAAAAGAUGGUGUUUGUGACUGGGUAUAAGAUGUUGAAGGAAGCCAUAGUGACACAAGCUGAGAACUUUGUGGACCGACCACACAGUCCGAUGAUUGACAGGAUAUACAAAGGCGGCUCAGGUGGUCUGUUCAUGAGUAAUGGUGAAACAUGGAAGAAACAGCGGCGUUUUGCUUUGUCCACCUUACGCACAUUUGGCCUGGGCAAAAGUCUCAUGGAGCAGAGCAUCUGUGAGGAGAUCCGAUACCUGCAGGAGGAGAUGGAGAACGAGAAAGGUGAACCUUUCAACACAGCAGGCCUCUUCAACAACGCUGUAUCCAACAUCAUUUGCCAUAUGGUGAUGGGAAAACGCUAUGAGUACAGCGACCACAACUUCCAGACCAUGCUGAGGUAUCUGUCAGAGGUUAUUAGGCUUGAGGGCACCAUAUGGGCUUCGCUGUAUGAAUCGUUCCCCAACGUGAUGAACUACUUGCCAGGUCCUCACAACAAAAUAUUCAGCCACUAUAUUGUCCUCCAAGACUUCCUUAACCAGGAGUUACAAAGUCACAAGAAGGACCUGGACCACAGCAAUCCCCGGGACUACAUUGACACUUUCCUCAUUGAAAUGGAAAAUCACAAAGACACCGACCUGGGCUUCACUGACCAUAAUCUGAUUAUGUGCUCUCUGGAUCUGUUCGUGGCCGGAACAGAGACAACUGCCACCACAUUGCAGUGGGCUUUGGUUUAUCUCAUCAAUAACCCUGAGAUCCAAGUAAAGGUCCAGGCAGAGAUAGACGGAGUGAUCGGACAGAGCCGUCAGCCCACUAUGGCCGACAGACCCAACAUGCCCUACACUGACGCUGUCAUCCAUGAGAUCCAGAGGAUGGGAAACAUUGUUCCUCUGAAUGGACUCAGAGUAGCUGCCAAGGACACAACACUGGGUGGUUACUUCAUACCUAAGGGUGUGUCCAUAAUGCCCAUGCUGACCUCGGUGCUGUUUGACAAAGAUGAGUGGGAAACCCCGAACACGUUCAACCCCGGACACUUCCUGGAUGCUGAGGGAAAGUUUGUGAGGAAAGAAGCUCACCUGCCUUUCUCUGCAGGGAAACGUGUGUGUCUUGGAGAGGGCCUGGCCAAGAUGGAGCUGUUUCUGUUUUUGGUAGGUUUAGUGCAGAAGUUCUCUUUCACGGCUCCUGAUGGAGUCGAGCUGAGUACAGAAGGAGUUACUGGAGCAACUCGAGUGCCGCACCCCUUCAAGGUUCAUGCCAAGGUUCGCUGAAUUAGGCGACAUCUCACUGAACUGUUUUCCACUGAAUCAAGGCACAACAGGACAAGACACAAGCAAAUCACAGAAGAGACAGCUCAUUCUGAUGCUUUCACUGUUGUAUGAUCAUGUACUGAAGACCUGCUUAGUCUCUCUGCCUGUUCAUUUAACUCUGUGUGAUGAAGUUAGUGAAUUGUAAAUGUUUAAUGAUGUGUUGAUAGUUUCAGUUUAAAAUAUGUUUGCUUUUGUUUAAUUAAGGAAAUCAUCCAUUAAUAAUAAACUGACAUGGUUAAAUAAAUGAAUUUAAUUAAA